GCGUGCGGCGCAGACCGUUACCUGGCGGCGGCGCGGGGAUGGAGGGGCUGAUCGGGCUAGUGAACCGGCUGCAGGACGCCUUCGCGGCGCUGGGCCAGAGCUGCCUGCUCGAUCUGCCGCAGAUCGCCGUGGUGGGCGGGCAGAGCGCCGGCAAGAGCUCCGUGCUCGAGAACUGCGUCUCCAGGGAUUUUCUUCCACGAGGAUCUGGAAUUGUGACAAGAAGACCGUUAGUUUUACAACUUAUCACUGCCAAAACAGAACAUGCUGAGUUUCUACACUGCAAAGGGAGGAAGUUUACAGAUUUUGAUGAAGUUCGUCAAGAAAUUGAAGCUGAAACAGACAGAGUAACAGGAAUGAAUAAAGGCAUUUCUUCAAUACCUAUUAAUUUAAGAGUAUAUUCACCACAUGUGUUAAGCUUGACCCUUAUUGAUUUGCCUGGAAUCACUAAAGUGCCAGUAGGGGAUCAACCUCCAGAUAUUGAACAACAGAUAAGAGAGAUGAUUAUGCAAUUCAUCUCUCGAGAAAACUGUCUGAUCCUGGCUGUGACUCCAGCCAACACUGAUCUUGCCAACUCGGAUGCAUUGAAGUUAGCUAAAGAAGUAGACCCUCAAGGACUUAGAACCAUUGGUGUCAUCACAAAAUUGGAUCUGAUGGAUGAAGGAACAGAUGCCAGAGAAAUUUUGGAGAACAAAUUACUCCCUCUUCGUAGAGGGUAUAUUGGAGUUGUAAACCGAAGUCAGAAAGACAUUGAUGGCAAGAAAGAUAUUAAAGCAGCUCUGCUGGCAGAAAGGAAAUUCUUCCUUUCCCAUCCAGCCUAUCGGCAUAUGGCAGAUCGGAUGGGAACACCAUAUCUGCAAAAAGUUUUAAAUCAGCAACUCACCAAUCACAUUCGGGAUACGUUGCCAGCCUUCAGGAGCAAACUUCAGAGCCAAAUGCUUUCUAUAGAACAUGAAGUGGAGGCAUACAAAAAUUUCAAACCGGAAGAUCCAACUAGAAAGACCAAAGCCUUACUGCAGAUGGUUCAACAGUUUUCAGUGGACUUUGAAAAAAGAAUUGAAGGAUCAGGGGACCAGGUUGACACAUUAGAACUGUCUGGUGGUGCCAAAAUCAAUCGCAUUUUCCAUGAGCGUUUUCCUUUUGAACUAGUAAAGAUGGAAUUCAACGAGAAAGAACUGCGGAGAGAAAUUAGCUACGCAAUCAAAAAUAUACAUGGUAUCAGAACAGGUUUGUUUACUCCAGACAUGGCCUUUGAGGCUAUAGUUAAAAAACAGAUAGUGAAGCUGAAAGGGCCUUCCUUAAAAAGCGUGGAUCUGGUGAUGCAAGAGUUAAUCAACACUGUCAAGAAAUGCACAAAAAAGUUGGCAACCUAUCCAAGACUUUGCGAAGAAACUGAAAGGAUUGUCGCUGGCUAUAUUCGAGAAAGGGAGGAGAAGACCAAGGGACAGGUAUUGCUGUUGAUCGAUAUCCAGGUAUCUUAUAUCAACACCAACCAUGAAGACUUCAUUGGCUUUGCAAACGCCCAACAAAGAAGCAGUCAGGUUAACAAAAGUACAGUUGGAAAUCAGGGAACCAAUCUACCGCCUUCAAGGCAAAUUGUAAUCCGGAAGGGCUGGUUGACCAUCAGCAACAUUGGCAUCAUGAAAGGAGGCUCCAAGGAAUACUGGUUUGUUCUGACUGCAGAAAGCUUGUCCUGGUAUAAAGAUGAUGAGGAAAAGGAAAAGAAGUAUAUGCUCCCUUUGGACAACCUGAAAGUGCGGGAUGUUGAAAAGAGUUUCAUGUCAAGCAAACAUAUCUUUGCCUUGUUUAACACGGAGCAAAGGAAUGUUUACAAGGAUUACCGUUUCCUUGAGCUAGCCUGCGACUCCCAGGAGGAGGUGGAUAGCUGGAAGGCAUCUCUACUGCGAGCUGGUGUCUACCCAGAUAAAUCCUCAACUGAAAAUGAUGAGAAUGGCCAAGCAGACAAUUUCUCCAUGGAUCCACAGCUGGAAAGGCAGGUGGAGACUAUUCGCAACCUUGUAGACUCCUACAUGUCUAUUAUCAAUAAGUGCAUCCGAGAUCUGAUACCGAAAACAAUCAUGCACCUUAUGAUCAAUAAUGUGAAAGAAUUCAUAAAUGCAGAACUCCUGGCUCAUUUGUAUUCCUCUGAGGACCAAAAUACUUUGAUGGAGGAGUCAGCAGAACAGGCUCAGAGGCGAGAUGAGAUGCUUCGCAUGUACCAAGCCCUUAAAGAAGCUCUAGCAAUCAUUGGCGAUAUUAGCACUACCACUAUAUCUACCCCUGCACCGCCACCUGUUGAUGAUUCUUGGCUGCAGCAAUCCAGAAGAUCACCUCCUCCAAGUCCUUCAACUCAGAGGAGGCCUACCUUAAAUAAUCCCCCAACCAGACCUUUACCUGGCCGAGGACCUGCUCCAGCAAUCCCAUCUCCAGGCCCUCAGUCAGGGGCUCCACCAGUCCCGUUCCGUCCAGGACCAUUACCCCCAUUUCCUAGCAGCAGUGAAGCCCUUGGAGCACCUCCUCAGGUUCCAUCCCGGCCAACACGGGCUCCUCCCAGCAUUCCAAGAUUCUCUCCUCACAUCUGGCCCAGAGAGUAUAAUAAGCGAGCUCAUCAACUGAGUAAAGAAACCAUGUUCCACUAGAAGAAGUAAUGUCUUUCAAAAGCUCUAGCAGAAAAGGACUGAAAACAACUGAAUUCAAAGCAGACCUCUUUUUUUCCAUCGGUAUUCGUGAGGUGUUUCACAUGUCUCCUUUGGUGGCUCAUCUCCUCCUGCUUUUGUCUCUGAAUCCAUUAUUACUAAGUUCUACAUAUAAGACAAUAGAACAGCUCCCUUUUGUAAAUGGACAUUACUCUGCCUAUCUUUCCUCUUGCUUUGUCUGCAGGCGAGCUGAUACAGAUGGUUCCUCCCGUCCAGACAGUCCACCACUGUUGCUUGAUAUAUGAUUUGUUCCAUGUUGCCUGCCAUUUGUGUUUUGCUUCCUGGUUUGUGUGUUAAUCCUUUCUGCUUUUCUAGAAUGAUGUAAACACUGUCUUCUUUUUUUUUAAUAAGAAACAAGUGCUCUGCUUCUCUCUGAAUUUUGCUCUGUAUGUAAAUGUCCUCAUUCAUUUGAGCCAAAACAUCUGCCAUUGGCUUUGUAGAAUGUAAAUGAUUGCUGGUGUUGACCUUUGCGCACUGUGAAUGGAUUCCUGAAACCUCAAUCAUUACUGAAGGUCUUAUACACCUGCUGUAAAAUGUUAUGCUGCAUUUCUGAACGUAAAUAAAUUGAAACAACCGAUUGGCUUUUAUUAUUACUUUCGGGAGGUGCAUGUGUGCCUCUCCUGUCUUUCAAUGCGUUCUGUGCAUGCUGCAUUCUUAUCUUCUGUUUGGUUUUCUUUUAAACAGCUCAGUCUCUGGCAGUAUUGGUAAGGAUUUACCAUGUGAGUGUCAGAGUUUUGAUUAUUAGGCAGGGGUGGUAUAUUUCUGGCUCUGAGACAGGACAGCAGAUUCCACCUUAAGUCUAAUUUGAUGCUGUUCCAGUGGAAUGGACCACUGCUGGGCUGUCCUACUAGGAAUUUGGGGUAACUUUUUCCAGCAGGCCUUUGGAGUGUGUUGCUUAAUACCUCAUUAAAUACAGCUCCUGUGAACUUUCUAGCUGAGCAGAGGGUCAGUGUGAAUCCUCAAGAGUGCAACUGGCCUAAAUUGGUAUGGUUGCAAACUCUGCCCAGGGUGAUUAUGUAUGUGCAGAUGAAUAGAAACAUCCAUCUGAGUUCCCAUAUUCCUUUUCUGAGUUAGCAACAUCUGAUUAACUAAACUUGGUACCCAGAGGAGAAUAAAUGGCUUCUACUGCAUAACAGAUAGUAACAGUGCAAAUCUAACUAGAGUCUGGGCUUAAGUCCCUGAAUCUUUGGCUUUCCUGGGGGAAUGGGCCACCCACAGUGGCACUUUGAUAGAUGAAACAGGAGAAACCAAAGAUGGGAUGAGCACAGCAGCAAUAAGCACAUAAUCUCCUCAUCAGAAUUUACACUAAGUUUGCCAUAAUCAUUGCGGGCAUUUUUUGAGUAGCUUUAAUGGACUGAGGCAAUCUUUGUUUUCACACAAACCUUGUACAUCUCAUUAGGAGUUUGUUGCAUGCCUCUGGUCUAGCUGUCAUACACUAAGUGUCCCAGAGUGAGAACUCACUUCCACGCAAGCUGACAAGCUGGUACAUUAGUGCUGUAGGCUUCUCAUCAUGGUGGUCAGCUCAUCUCUCCAGCUCCAGAUGGCAAAAAGAUCCAGCAUGUUGCCACUGAUUGCUAUGUAUCAUGCUGUAAUAGUCUGAUUGCUCUUCCUUUGCCCGACCUUAGCAUUCUCCCAUUUUGGUGUCUCCCUAUGACAGAAGGAUAGCAGUUUUUAUCAUAAUACCCUUCCCUUUUACAAAACAAAGACUUUCUGCUUUACAAAGGUCUUCGGGCAGCCUGAGCAAAAUUUACCUUCAAAAGAGAACCCACUCUAGCAGUACUGGACAGAAGUUAGCAUCCAGCAUGGUAAUCCAUGUAAUUUUAUAAUUGUAGUGAAACCUUUCCCCAGAAUAUAACUUACUGCAAGAAAAUUAAGGAAACUUCUAGGGCUACUGAUGUUGCAUUUGUCCUGGGAGAUACCAUUUCACCUCAGGGUAUCAUUCAGACAUCAAUGCCUGUUGUCCUGGGACACACCCUGAAAAGGUUCAUGGGAUAAGAAGUACUAACAGUUUGCCCAGGACAUCACAAACUAUGUCUGAACAGUUAUCCCAGGAUUAUGUUAUUGAAUCAGACAGGAAAAUGGUGGCGCAUUCAGGGCCUCACUAAGCCCUGACUGGAAGGGCAGCGUGUAUACACGCCAAUCCCAGGACUUUUUUGUUCUGGGACAAACACACACACACAACUUGCCUCGGGACAAAUGCAACACCAUCUGUUCCUAGUUUAUGCAGCAGUCACUAUGACCCUAGUUUGUUUGUCCUUAUUCCAGAGGAUGAGGUACCCUAGUGACAAAAGUGGGGGCUUUAUUGAUAAACAGCUGAUGCCAGUAUUUCAACCACUAGUCUUCCUCCCCUUCCCUUCCACCCUCCCCCGUGCACAUCCUCUCCCUUUUUACCUUAACCAAGUUUAUUCUUGUAGUUUGGGAUAUGGGCCAUUUUAAUGUAUUUUAAUUUUUUUUUUACUUAAUUCUCUACCACCCUUCCCCAUGAAUGUUGGGUUCUUUUUUGUCUUUUAUUUAGGCGGCCUCCUCCAGCAGUUCCAGGAAGAUCAUCCUAACACAAACAUUUCAUCUCCUUUGUAUUAAGCACAAGCCUUUUGGCCAAAUGCUGGUUAGUUUGCACUACUCUAUUUGUAAAUGGAAGAUGUUAUUUGCAGAUGUCAAUAAGAAAUCUGAAUGUAAAGUAAAAUAAAAAUUCUGCUUGUAAAAUAA